GUUGAAGAAGGACGAGAUCCUGGGGUCAGAACGACAUUAGCUGAAGGCAUGAUGGCUUCAGCAUCCUCCACAGCCACUUCGGCCACCACAGCCACUGCAGCCACCAGCCACAGGUCUAGACAGAGUGGUGGUCCUAGUUCCAGAGUCAAGCAUCCCCGCAAAAUUGGUAUGCCACAAGAAUACUCUUGCGAGGAAUUGGAGGUGUUGGAGUGUGAAACGACGCAUAUUCACCGGGCUGAUCUUGGUCUGGAUGACCUGGUGGCUUCUGCUCAACACCCUGAUACGGUUGCAAGAUCGGGAGUGGUUGCUGAUGCGACAGAGCGUCUGGCUGCUUCCAUUACGAAAGGCACAGGUGCUGGUGAUGGCGCAACUGGAUCAGCAGCAGAAGCAUCAUCUGCAGCAAGUCAUGGAGCUUUUGGUAGUUCAUUUGUGGCUGGAAGAAGAGGAAUUUCCCAAUAUCUUCAUCGUGGUGCUUUGACUAGCGCAGUUGUGUCUGGAGGAAGAGGAUGUUCCCAAUAUCUUGAUGGUGGUGCUAUUGCUCGCGCUAUUGCUGGUGCUGUUGCUGUUGGAGAUUAUGACUUUGACGAAGAGAAAGACGAUGACGGUGAACCAUUGGUUCAAGUCGUUGACAACGGACCAAAUAUGCUAGCAAGGAAUCUAGUACACGCUCCUACGCAGAAGGAAGAAAUGGACGGUUUUAUAUUCAGGCCAGUACCAGAGGGAAGCUACACUCGUUGUCACUUUGUCCUACAGGAUGGUCAGUACAACUUGCUGAUAGAGCAAGCCAACAAAACCCGUUCCUGCAUAUUAGCUGCAAAGAGGGACCAUAAAGUCGCACACAUAGAGUUCCUUAUCUGCAAGACGCCAGGACCUGUCUUAAAACAUUCCGCUUUAUAUUUGGGCAAACUGAGGUGUAGCCUGACGGGAAAUGAGUUCACACUCUAUAACGACGGCCUCAAUCCAAACAAGAUGAAACGUGCUAAGGGGAAUGUCAUCAAACUAAGGGAGGAACUGCUCGCUGUUCAUGUGGGCAAACCGACAGGAUCCGAUGGUCCUCUCAAACUCUCCGUUAUCAUCCCCCAGCUUGAUCCAAUGGAUGACAGAGUGAAUAUAGUGCCUAUUGAUCACCGGGAAACAUUGUUAAGAAGAUUCAAGUCGAAGGAUUCAUCCGGAAAAGUUGUCGUACUUCAGAACAAGCCAGCGGAAUGGUCUACAGAAAAGAAAGGCUACGUGCUCAACUUCAACGGUCGCGUGUCAAUGUCUUCAGUGAAGAAUUUUCAGCUAGUUCAUCCCAAUAAUUCUGAGUAUAUCGUCUUGCAAUUUGGACGUACUUCCAGCGUUCAGUUUGCGCUGGAUUUUAGCUACCCAUUAUGCCCAUACCAGGCCUUUGCUCUGGCACUCUGUGGCUACACCAAGAAAUUUGGUAAAUGACCUCCUUCUCAGAGCUACCAGCGAGUAAUCUCUGUUGCCUGUUGAGGUUCGAGGCCUGCUAGUUUACUAACAACAUAUCCAAGAUGCCAAUAUGCUGUUGGACCAUUCACAAACCCCGGUCACCAGUCUGCUAGGCAUCCUAUCAUCAGUCUGAUGCUGUUUGCUUUCUCAACAUUCAGAUCCGAAUUAGCUCGAUUGUUGUAUUGGCCAUCAUGGUCAAUGAUAUGUGCAGUGUUCAUUUCAUACAACUGUUUACGGUGUUCGUCGUGAUAGCUUAUACUUUGUGCUAGCCCAGCCCAGCCCUCUGCUGAAAACAAAUAAGUGAUGUGGAUACAAGAGUAUGAUCAGUGCGAUCCAAAGUAUUACCCAAGAUGUUCCCCUUGGCUUGUCACCAUCGUCGUUGAGAUCAUUUUCGUCUCACAUGACCUUAUGCCGUUGUCGUAAGAUCCCCCUACUGU